AUGCUGGGAGAAGGGAAAGUGAAGCAACCACCUCAAGCAGUUUGUCAUGCCUCUCCUCUCCAAGAAGGACACAAGUCAAGAUCUCUCCUGGACUACAUCAGCAUCUCUGAACAGAACACCCAGCCAGGGAUUGACAUUCCAUGCUGCACACUGGUAGAUGAGCUAGGAGAGCUGUGGGAGAAUUCCCACAUCACAGACUGGUGCCUGGUGGUAGCUGGCCAGGAAUUCCUGGCUCACAAGGCCAUCUUAGCUGCUCGCUCUCCAGUUUUCAGAGCCAUGUUUGAACACGACAUGGAGGAGAGCAGAAAGAAUCGCGUUGAAAUACAUGACAUGGAACCUGAAGUCUUCAAGGCAAUGAUGGACUUCAUUUACACCGGAAGACCAGAUCUCCACAGCAUGGCAGAUGCGGUGCUGGCAGCUGCUGACAAGUAUGCCCUGGAGCGUUUGAAGGUCAUGUGUGAGAGGGCCCUCUGCAGAGACCUCUCUGUGGAGAAUGCUGCCCACACUCUCUUCCUGGCUGACCUCCACAGCGCAGUGCAGUUGAAAACUCGGGCAAUGGAUUUCAUUACAGCUCAUGCUUCCGAGGUUUUUCAGACCUCGAGCUGGAAGACAGUGGUCGACUCCUAUCCCCACUUGGUGGCUGAAGUAUGUGUCUGCCUGGGUUCUGCACAUUGUCUUUUCCUGGAGCCCCCCCUCAAACGCCUGAAGCGAUCUUAG